AUGCCUGAAUUUACUACCGAAGACGUUGCAGGGCAUAAAACCCGUGAUGAUCUCUGGGUGAUCAUUCACGGCAAAGUUUACGAUAUCACCAAGUACAUCCGGGAUCAUCCAGGCGGUGCAGAUGUGCUCAUUGAUGUUGCCGGUACUGAUGCGACCGCCGCAUACGAGGACGUUGGACACUCGGAGGAUGCGGACGAAAUCAUGCAGACCUAUCUGGUGGGAACGUUGAAAGACGCAACGCAGUUUGUGCGCAAGUCAGCCGUGCGUGUUAUCCAACCGACCUCCCUGCCGGUAGUGAAAGGCAACAGCUCGUCUCGGGUUCGCAAGGUUGCUGCUGCCGGCUCGGUGGCUGGUUUCCUGAGCCUGUUAUACUACAUCUCUCCUCGGCGUGGACCCUCGCAACUCUCGCACGCUCUCCAACACAUACAAGCAUAUCUGCCCGAUAUGCACCACCCGUUGCCGUCAGCCCUGACCGGCAUGCGCCUGCCACACGGGGGCUUCGUCAAUGGAUUCGCAGCCGCGGCCUUGCUCUCCGCUAUCAUCACCGGCGUCGUUGGAGUCAAACUGUCGAAACUGACGCAGAUCGACUCGGGCUUCACUCGAUACCCACCUCGUAUCAAGAGCAAGGCAAGCCCCAAGCAAGAUCCUCACAGCAUUCCCGGCUUCCUCAAUCCCAAAGACUACAAGACACUCCCUCUCGUGCGGAAAGAUCUCCUAGCACCCAACGUUUACCGAUUCGUCUUCCAGCUGCCAUCUCCCACAGAUAUCGUCGGCCUCCCAAUCGGCCAACACGUCGCCAUAAAAGCCACCGUCAACGGACAAUCCGUCUCGCGAUCCUACACACCAACCUCCAACAACCUCGAUCGCGGCUACCUUGAGCUCGUCAUCAAAUGCUACCCUGACGGUCUUCUGACUGGCCAGUACCUCGCCAACCUGCAAGUUGGCGAGAAAGUGCACUUCCGCGGCCCCAAAGGCGCAAUGAAGUACAAGCACAACCUGUGCAAGAAGAUCGGCAUGAUUGCCGGCGGCACGGGCAUCACACCCAUGUACCAGCUCAUCCGGGCCAUCUGCGAAGACGACAGAGAUACGACAGAGAUCAGCUUGGUGUAUGCCAACCGUAGUGAGGGGGAUAUUCUGCUGCGUGAGGAGCUGGAGGCGUUUGCGCGCAGGUACCCGAAGCAGUUCCGGGUCUACUAUAUGCUCGAUAUUCCGCCGGAGGAUUGGAAGUACGGUAAGGGGUAUGUGACGCCUGAGGUGAUGGCGGCUAGGCUGCCUAAGCCGGCGGCUGAUACGAAGAUCAUGCUCUGUGGGCCGCCGGGGAUGGUUAAUGCUGCGAAGAAGGGGCUUGUCUCGUUGGGCUUCGAGGCGCCAGGUGCUGUGGGCAAAAUGACGGAUCAGAUUUUUUGUUUUUAG